AUGUAUUUAUCUAUCUUGUCCCUAAAUCUAUCUAUCUAUCUAUCUAUCUAUCUAUCUAUCUAUCUAUCUAUCUAUCUUUUUUUCAUUUUUGAAAAAUUCAUUUUAAACCUAAGGUAUCUCCGUUCAUAUCUAUCUAUCUAUCUAUCUAUCUAUCUAUCUAUCUCAGUCUGUUCGUAUCUAUCUAUCUAUCAUUUUAAUUUUAAAAAUGUACAUCUAUCUAUCUAUCUAUCUAUCUAUCUAUCUAUCUAUCUAUCUAUCUAUCUAUCUCAGUCUGUUCAUAUCUAUCUGCAUGCCAACAUCGAUCUAUUUUUGCUUUCUUUUCUUUUUUUUGUUAAUGUAAUUUUUCUUUUUUCUUUCUUUCUCUCUGUUCAUAUCUCUUUAUUUCUUUUGAAGAUUCUUUUUUCUUUCUUUCUUUUUAUGUUUUCUUUCUUUCUUUUUAUGUUUUCUUUCUUUCUUUUUAUGUUUUCUUUCUUUCUUUCUUGUUAUGUUUUCUUUCUUUCUUUUUAUGUUUUCUUUCUUUCUUUUUAUGUUUUCUUUCUUUCUUUCUUGUUAUGUUUUCUUUCUUUCUUUUUAUGUUUUCUUUCUUUCUUGUUAUGUUUUCUUUCUUUCUUUUUAUGUUUUCUUUCUUUCUUUCUUGUUAUGUUUUCUUUCUUUCUUUUUAUGUUUUCUUUCUUUCUUUCUUUCUUUCUUUCUUUCAUGUUAUGUUUUCUUUCUUUCCUUCUUUCUUUCUUUCUUCUUAAUUUUCACUGGAUCUCUCCUGUAUUUUCAUUGAAAUAUCCUUUGCUUUCUUUUUUCUUUUUUCUUUCUUGUUUUUCGUUCGAUGAAUAUAUCUUAACUUUUUCAUCAUUUCAUCUUUUUCAUUUCAUUUUUUUCUUAAUUUUUUUUUCAUUAUUUUUUCUUUCAUUAUUUUUUCAUUUUUUUCAUUUCAUCUUUUUUGUCCUUUCCAUCGUUCGCACGUUCUAUCGUUCGUUCUUUGUCAUUAUUUUUAAUAUCUCUUUUUUUACCUUGGUACUUAUUCUUUCUUUCUUUUUGUGUUUUUUACUUUUUUCUUUCCGACAGUUUCCUGUUUUUCUUUUCUUUCUUCUGCUUCUUUUAACUGAUCCCAUUUUUAACUUUUCACCUUCAUUUCUAUUCAAUUGCUUGGCUUUUCUUUCUUUUACUUUCUAUAUUCUUCAUUCUUUAUCUUCUUUUGCCUUUCUACGCAAUCUUUUAGAACUUUCCUUACCCUUUCCUUUUUUAUAA